AUGGAGGAAUUUGAAAUGUCUGAUACGGGAAGAAUGCAUUACUUCUUUAGCUUAGAGGAUAUGCAGCUCGACAAUGGAAUCUUCAUUUCUCAAAAGAGAUAUACCAAGAAGAUCUUGAAGAUAUUUGGGAUGGAGAAAAAUAACUUGGUCCUAAAUCUUAAUGUUCCUAGGGUUAAAAUUGGUAACAAUGAUACAAGUGUGACAGUAAUCAGCUCCAUGUUUAACCAGCUUGUUGGUAUCUUAAUAUAUUUGACCAUUACCAUGCUAGAUCUAAUGUAUGUAGUUAAUGUAGUCAAGAGACAUAUGGCCAAGCCAACUGAAACACACUGUAUGGCAACAAAGAGAAUACUAAGAUAUGUGCAAGGAACUAUGUGUUUUAGGAUUUUCUAUCAAAGAUUAGGCAAUCAAGAGCUUGUGGGAUACAUAGACAGUGACAAUGCCAGAUGUAUCGAUGACAGGAAAAGCACCUCGGGUUAUGCCUUCAUACUUAGCAAUGCAGUGGUGGCAUGGUCAUCAAGGAAGCAUCCUAUAGUCACACUCAACAUCACAGAAGCAGAAUUUAUAGAUGCGUCAACUUGUGCCGGCCAACUGAUUUGGAUGAAGAGGGUGCUUUCCAAGUUGAACUACAAUGGAAGAUAA